UGAACCAGCGCAUCAAUUGACACCACAGAGAUGCCUCGUAGUGGAUUGUCCGCCGCAUCAUCCUCCCGCCAAGCACAGACCGGAUUGCCUGGCGCCGUGGCUCGAUUCUAUCAGCGAUCGUUUCCGGCGGGCGACUAUCUGGCACUAGGAUGUAUUGUAGGAGGUUGGAUCUUGAUCCAACUAUUUGCGACUCCAUUCCAUCGUCUGUUUUCACUUGACAAUAAGGCCAUUCAGUAUCCCUUCGCGGUGGUGGAAAGAGUUCCCGUUGUAUGGUCUAUUAUUUAUGCCGGGGUCAUUCCAUUCCUAAUUCUGCUCCUAUGGGCUGCUUUAUUCCGCCCAAAUCGCUAUAAAAUCCAAGUAACCAUACUUGGUUUCCUAGUCGCAUUGAUGUUGACGACGCUCCUCACGGAUAUAAUCAAGAACGCAGUCGGGCGACCCCGUCCAGACUUAAUCUCACGCUGUAAUCCUAAGAAGGGCACGCCUGAGAACAAGCUGGUCACUUGGACCGUAUGCACCCAGACGAGUAACCACAUCCUCCAGGAAGGAUGGAGAAGCUUCCCCAGUGGUCACAGCAGCUUUUCCUUUAGCGGGCUGGGAUAUUUGUCCUUUUUCUCUUCCGGUCAAAUGCAUGUGUUUAGACCGAGAACUGAUCUUUGCCGCUGUCUCGUGGCACUGGUUCCGUUUCUCUGCGCUUUGAUGAUUGCUAUCUCUCGUCUUGAUGAUUAUAGACAUGAUGUAUAUGAUGUCACUUGUGGUUCUCUACUAGGUACAGUGACUGCAUAUUUCUCAUACCGUCGUUACUACCCCUCUCUCCGAUCCGUUGGCUGCGAUAUGCCGCACGAUAAAGACGGGAUUGCCGGCCCAGAGGGAUUUUACAAGCUUCCUACCGACGAGGAACAGGCGAUACAAAGGCCUGUGGCCCCAGCCCGUCAAUGGGGAGUAGAGGAGGAGGCUUAUCAACUUAGCGAAACUUCAUCGUCACCCCGCCGGAUGUUGUAAAG